CUACAGCUUCUGCCUUCUCCCUUCUAUGAUAUCACCGAGCAGGAGGGAGUCCACCACGCCUCAUCAAAAUCUACUAAAUAGAUCAUUGAUGACUCCGUUGCUAUGGCGGACGUAUCCCCCAUCGAAAGUCGUCUCAGAGAAAGAUUCAAUCCUUGCCCGUCUGGCAACCACCGUGUAUGCCUGGUUGCCCAUAACAGUAGUACUACAGGCAUAUACCAAGUCAGUGGCCAAGAGGGAUAUUAGAGGAGGGAUCAUCCUGGGGUUGGUCGCGAUAUCACAGAGUAUGGCACAUGCUAACAUUGCUCAUAUCACUCUCAUUCACGGACCUUAUUCGUGCGUGUGGCCACCAGUGAUAUAUGCCUUGUUUGGAUCCUCCCACCACUUAUCAAUCGGGACAGGUGCAAUGAUGGCUUUGAUGACCGGGGAGCAAGUGGUUAAUUAUCACGACGUUGAAACGCGUAGUCGAGUGGCAUGCCAGCUGGCCCUCAUCACAGGCGUGGCAUUAUGGGUGAUGGCGAUGCUUCGGAUGUCUUUCUUGGUACGAUUUAUUUCGCGACCGGCUCUAUCAGGGUUCGUAACAGGGUCAGCCUUUGUGAUACUCGCUACUCAAAUGAAGGAUUUCUUUGGACUUCGUUCCGUCCCGAAAGGUGUCGACUUUUUCGAAAAUAUUUAUUUCAUCGGAACCUCCUUGCCACAAACCUCCUUCCCGGUCCUCCUACUUGGUGUGUUGGUAGUGGUGAUAAUACAAGGAGCAAAGCAUUUGAAAGAAGUACCAUACCUCAGGCGUGUAUCUCAAUUUAAGGAGCUCAUUGCAGUCAUAAUUGCGACCCUAGCAUGUUGGUUCAUAUCUUCCGUAUAUGCUGAGGAGAAGGAGGACUUCAUACCACAUGUUGGGGAAGUCCCUACUGGUCUGCCAUCGUUUGCUAUACCGUCGCUUGAAGGAAUAACUGAUGUUAUCCCCAACGGGUUCAUGGUUUCUCUUAUGUGCUUCAUUUCGAGUUAUGCGCCAGCUAAAAAAUUUGCUAUUGUUGAUCGGUAUGAUAUUAAUGCAGGAAGCGAGUUGACGGCCUUGGGAGCAGCCAAUAUAGUUGGUUCGUUGUUUGGUGCGAUGCCGGUCCAAGGUGGGAUGUCUAGGACGUCUUUGGGGUAUGCUAGUGGGGUUAAAUCGCAGGUAGCUGGUCUAGUAGCAGCAGUAGUGGCAAUAGGAGUAUUGGCAAUGCUCACUCCCCUCAUGUAUUGGAUACCACGUUGUGCAUUAGCGGGUAUUAUUAUAACGGCUGCUACGCACCUUAUGGAUUUCAACCAUGCCAAAUGGCUUGUACACCAUAGUAAGAAGGAUACUGCUGUAUGGAUGAUGGCAUUUAUGGGUACUCUGGUGUUUGGCCUACUACAGGGGGUGUUCUUGUCUGUCAUGUUGUCGGUCACUCUGAUGAUCUACUCGGUGGCUUUGCCACAAUCAUUCGCUAUGGGAAGGUUGCCUAAUGGUCAGUGGAGAGCCAUAAAGUAUUGGCCACAAGUUGCCAAGACGAUACCAGGCGUUUUGGUAUUCGGGGUUAACGGUCCAUUGAUCUUCGCCAACUGGGAAUAUGUAAAGGACAAAUUGUUGAAAACUGAGGAAAGAUAUUCUGAAUUUUGUGGGAAGAAAGUUGAAGCUGUUGUUAUUCACCUCGGCGGUGUUCCUAUUGUCGACGCUACGGCCGUCCAGGGUUUGGAAGAACUAGCAGAAGAGUACAGCUCUCGUGGAGUGACCUUGUGGUUUGCAGGGGCCCAGGGGUCUGUAAGGAAAAUAAUUGACAAAGUACUCGUACGCCGAUGCAAGAUUAAUCAGACAGAUUUGGUGCAACACGUGGAAGCAGUCGUGAAGCAAUUGCUGCCCUGUAUAGAUUUACCAGUGAAGACUCAGGCGGCUGUGUUGAUCCAGCGGUGGUGGCGAUCUCACUUGAAAUGGGCGGACGAGAUGGAGGAUGGGGUGAAGGAUACUUAUCUAAAUGUGAGGGAGCGCUACUGGGGAUCUUGCAAUCUUGCAAUUCCUCAACGGGAUAUGCGGGACGAUAUUGACCCAAUAUCUGAUGCAGUUAUCUAG